AUGGUCUCUUUCUGACCCGGACUGCUGGGAACGCUGAUCGUUUGAAUUAGACCGGGAUUCACACACGGGAAUACCCGAGUCGCGGUAUCGGUAUAUAAAGGAGAUUGGACCGAGGGAGAACACUUGACAACAACAGGUGGUUGAGCGCAUCUACAAUGGCGUUCCGUACAGUUUUCUGGGGCUCCCUCGUUUUCAGCUUUGCACAUUCUUCAGGACAUGUGGGAACUGUUGGUGGAGCUCAAUAUCCCAUGACAGCUUACGGGAGCGGCCCAAAUUUCGACCACCGGGGCCAAGCCAUAGCUUCUCAGCCUUUCGGAGACUUGUCAUACCUGUCCUCGACUGACUACACCCGUCUCGGCCACAGCGCCUUUCCUCAUUAUAACGUGCGGAUCAAGAGGUCAGACUUCUGCGACGGUACCGCAAACGCGUACACAGGAUACAUCGACAUCGAAGCGAGGCACUUGUUCUUCUACUUCUUCGAAAGCAGACGCGACCCCGAUCGUGAUGACGUGCUCCUCUGGACCAACGGUGGACCUGGCGGGUCGUCCUCUACCGGUCUGUUUAUGGAGCUCGGUCCCUGCAGGGUUACCAGUCCCACGAAUAUCUCUUUCAAUCCCUAUUCGUGGAAUGAGUACUCCAAUAUAUUCUUCAUCGACCAGCCAAUUGGUGUCGGUUUCUCGUAUGCUGACCAUGGAGAGACUGUGAGCACUACCGAAGAGGCUGCGAAGGAUGUCGCUGCUUUUGUGGCAAUCUUCUUUGAACAUUUCAACAAGUUCAAAGGCAGAGGCUUUCAUCUUACUGGCGAGUCUUAUGGAGGUCGCUACCUCCCCCUAUUUGGUUCCGCGAUUUAUGAACAAAACGCCAGGUUAUCGGACGCAGGUUUAACACCUAUCAACCUGAAGUCUGUCAUGAUUGGAAAUGGAUGUACUGACUGGCUUUCAAUGUACAAGGGGCAUUACGAGGUUCAAUGCACUGGCGUGAUUACCAUGCCUGUGCAAAGCAUAGGAACUUGUAUCGAUAUGAGACUGCGUCUCCCGCGCUGUGAGAAGUGGUACAAGGAAGCCUGUAUCGACCAGAAAGAUAGUAUCAGUUGUUCAGCUGCGAGUGCGUUCUGCGCGGAAUCCAUCAUGACUCGCAUCAUGGAAACAGGAUUCAACCCCCACGAUCUCACAAAGACAUGUGACACGAGCCAGCUGUGCUAUCAGAUUAUGUAUGAUAUCGAGAAGUACCUAAAUCAGAAGAGCGUACGCGAGCUCAUCGGCGCCGACCCGGCGGUGAACUAUACCGGCUACUCCCGCACCGUCGAACGCGCGUUCUGGAGCGCGCUCGACCCACAGUUCCCCACGCAAUACUACAUCGCGGCGCUCCUGGAGCGCGGCGUGCGCGUGCUGCUGUACGUCGGCGCGAAUGACUUUGUCUGUAACUGGCGCGGCAAUGAAGAGAUGUCGCUGGCUCUGGAGUGGACCGGACAGGCAGCGUUCAAGAGCCAGCCCCUUAGAGAGUGGCAUGUGAACGGCCACGUCGCGGGUCUUACCCGCAGCGAGGGAAACUUUGCGUUUACGACUAUCAACGGUGCGGGACACAUGGCGCCAUACGAUAUGCCGGUAGAAUCGCUAGAGCUGCUUCGGAGGUGGCUGAACGAGGAAGAGUUCUGAACGUUCUUGCGGCGAACACAACUCCAGAGCCAAAUAGCAAGACUUGUUCUCAGAUGUUUCUGUACCUGAGGCCGGAGACCCGAAAUCGCUCAGGUUCUAGGUUUCAAAACAAUUGUGUACAGUCUGUCACAAAGACACUAGCCACAGGGCUUUCUCGGGCGCAGGUCUCAGAGCUUCUCAGAGUUCGUCAUCUGCCAGCCAACGUUUGACUAGCUCCAGAGACUCCUCGCCCUUGUCAUAUGGUACCAUGUGUCCAGCGCCAUGAAUAGUGGCAAAGGUCAAGGGGCCCGAGCUGCGGGUGACGCCGGCGGCGCGGCCGCCGACCUGCCAGUCCCGAAGCGGCUUAGAAGCAAAUGCUUUCUUGCCGGUCCACUCAAGAUUCAAAGUCAUUUGUUCGUUCCCGACCCAGUUACAUAUCCAGUCGUUCUCACCAACGUAAAUGAGCACCUUGACGCCACGUUCGAGCAGAGCCUCAAUGUAGUAGUCAGCAGGGAAGAUGCUGUCCAGGGCAGAUCUGAAGCGGUAAGCGACGUCAUUGCUGCACGACGAGAAAUUGCCUUGUACGCUGUGGUCUACGCCCAAAGUCUUGCGGACAUCAAUGCGGUCGAGAAAUGAGCUAAUCUUCUUUGUUACGGGGUAGCAGAGUGAAUCGCUCAAUUGGUCUGCGUUGCAUGGCUUCGUCAAGUCGUAGGGGUUACGUUCUGCAGUCCAGAAUGAUGAUUCAAUAUAGUCUCCGCAAAAGGAGAGAGCUGCUUGACAGUUGAUUGCAUCGGUGGUAUCGUAGCAAUUCUCGUUUAACCACUUCUCGCAACGGUAUAGCGCUUGCUUAGUUCCAACGCACGAACUGAUAUCGACCACAGGGUCAACGGUCUUGGGCUGACACUGCAUCUCGUAGUACGAUGGAAUCAUUGUCUUCCAAUCAGUGCAGCCAUUUCCUAUCAUUACAGACUUCAAGUUUAUCGGCGCCAUGCCGGCCGCGACUAACUUGGAAUUCUGGUCAUACACGGCAGAGGCGUAGGUUGGAAUAUAGCGCCCUCCGUAUGACUCUCCUG